AGAGAGGCAGGGGUGAGGAUGGUGAGGAUGGUGAUGAUGAUGAAGAUGGCGUCUCCGGCGGUUUGAUACAGGAGAGGCAGCUCCCGCAGAUAUUAAUAUAUAUAUAUAUUAAUAUCUAUAUUCCAAAAAAGGAGCAUCGUUUGUGUUUUGUUGGAGGAGGACCGAGGAGCCGUGGCGUGCGUCUUCUUCCUCCAUUCUCUUCCUCCUCGCUUUGACGGAUUGAUGACAGACAGGGGCGUGCGUCACGUGCGUCACGUGCAUGCAGACUAAACACUUUGUUGGCGUGCAGCCGCGAUCGAACGCCAUGCAGCCUGCGUGACCCCCCCCCCCCCCCACACCCCCCCGACGGGAAGGAAGGAGUUCCACUUGACAGCAGCUCGGCUGCGUCUCCUUCUCAGGAUGGGGGGAGUCAGCGAAGGAGAUGACGUCCUGGCGAGAUGGAGUGAUGGGCUCCUCUACCUGGGCAACGUGAAGAGGGUUGACGGAGUCAAGCAAUGCUGUCUGGUCAGAUUCGAGGACAACUCGGAGUUCUGGGUCCUGAGGAAAGACAUCCAUUCCUUUGCAGCCGGAGUGGAAGAAGUUUGCUGUAUUUGCGAUGCUCCGCCCCUUAAAGAACCCCUCAUAAAUUGUCUGAAAUGUCGGCACGGUUAUCAUGCCGAGUGCCACACGCCAACCAUCGAGCCGGAAGCUGACAGCGAUUCCUGGAUAUGUCGGCAGUGUGUCUUUGCCGUCGCCACCAAGAGAGGCGGCGCCAUUAAACGCGGCCGAUUCGCCCGACUCAUGCAGUUCAUGAAGCUGAGGCUCCCCUACCAGCUGACGUCGCUGGACUGGGACGCGCAGCAUCUGUCCAAUCAGCAGCAGUGUUACUGUUACUGUGCCGGACCCGGAGAGUGGAACCUGAAGAUGCUGCAAUGUGGAAGUUGUGGUCAGUGGUUCCAUGAGGCCUGCACUCAGUGUCUAACCAAGCCUCUACUAUAUGGGGACAGGUUUUAUCAGUUCCAGUGUUCCGUGUGUACAAAGGGCCCGGAGACGGUCAAAAGACUCCCUAUGACCUGGGUGGAUUUGGCUCAUUUGGUGCUAUACCACCUCUCCCUGUGCUGCAAGAGAAAGUACUUUGAUUUUGACCAUGAAAUCUUGUCCUUCACCAACGAGAACUGGGACUCGUUGCUUCUGGGCGCGCUCUCCGACACGCCGAGGCAAGACCGCUGCCACAGCCUCCUCAACGCACUCAACUCCCACAAGGACAGAUUCGUCUCCGGUAAGGAGAUCAAGAAGAAAAAGUGUCUUUUCGGGCUUCAGGUACGAGCUCCGCCGCCACUGACGUCCGACUCGUCACCACUCAUCACCGAGCCGCCAAUCAACAUCUCGCAUCGCAGAAGCCCGCUGUCGCUACCCUGCCAGAGGAGGUCGGUGGGACCAGAGUCUCGUAAAUCAAAGCGUCGCAUCAUGGAGACACAGGCUUGUCCGCCCCCGGUUUCAUCCAAGCCUAUUGAGCUGCUGCCCUGUUGCCAUGGCUACAUGGGAGGGGAUGGCCUAUACACCCCCGGGAAGUCAGAGGAGGAGCUGAACCUGAGCUCUGCCCCAAAGCGGAUGUAUGCUCUGUACCACACCACCUACAAUGGAACCAGUUCACUCUCCAGGGGCCUCCAUCACUAUAACAGCGUGGACGACACCUGCAGAAUACCGCCCCCCUGCUUCCCGUACCCCCUCAACUCCAGUGACAGUCUCCACCGCCAGCACCUCCACCCGCACCACCACAACCACCAGCACCAACCGGGACACAAGCAGCCGGAGCCCAUCCACCUACGAGACCUGCCCCCUUACCAGGCAACCGCCGGUGGAGGGGGCGGCGUGACCGGGGGAGGAGUAGGAGGAGUAGGAGGAGGCGGUAUCGGCGUUGGAGGGGGUGACGGUGGGACUGUGGCCCGGAGCUGGGGCGGAGGUGAGGCGGUGAGAAUCUUGGCCAGGCGGGUGACACUGGAAGGGAAGGUGCAGUACCUUGUGGAGUGGGACAACGUGAACUUGUACUGAGCGUGAGGAGGACUCGGACUGUUUUGUAGUAAGAAAGCGGUGCCAUUGUUUGGGAUACAAACACAUUGAAAAGAGGAACAAAAAAACCAACAUCACACACACAUCCAAAUCCAGGUUGCUCUCAUUGUGUCAUCUCGGCCCCACAUCGUUAUAACAUCACUACUCUUGACUAAAUGUUCCUCUUGCUGGUGUUUCUGAUAUUUGUACUGUUAACUUUGGAAUAUGCCUUUGCAUCAGCCAUCUUUUAAAAUGAGAAGACACAUUUAAACCUCCAGCUGCUUGACGUCCCGUCCAAGGGAGAACUGUACCACCUAAAACUGCAUCAGUGGGCAUCAGUGAGCUUCAAGUCAAAGGCCUUUGAGUGUCAAGUGUUUGCCCCCUUCCUGCUUUCUUAUUGUUUUGCAUGUUUGUCACACUGAAAUGUUUCAGAUCAUCAAAAAAAACAUCAAUUUUAGUCAAUGACAAUACAACUGCACACAACAUGCGGCUUCUAAAUCAGGGGUCUCAAACUCAAUUUACCUGGGGGCCACUGGAGCUAGGGUCUGGGCAAGGCUGGGCUGCAUCAGGUUUUCCAAAAAAAACCCCAACACAUUUAUUAAAAACUGAAAAAUAUACAAACAUUUUCAGUGCUUUGGUUCUGAUUUUCUACAAUAAAAGCUCUGCUAAAACAUUCCACUGUUCUCAAAUAUCUUAAUUUUUAUUUUUCUACACAAAAUAAGAUGAAAAAUAAAUAAACAAAUCAAGAAUAAAGAAAAUCAAUCAAUCAGUAAUAAAUAAAUAUAAUAAUAAUAAUAAAAAGUUAAGGAAGCACAUAUAGUUGGUGGGUAGACAAAUGAUUUUUUUCAUAUUAAAAUGAACAAAGCAUUAUUAGAGCCCUGUAGACAUGACAAAACACGACUAUAGUCACAUUUAUACUCUUUUUAUUUACAACAUAUUGCGCAACUGCAGGGUCUCGAGACACAUGCUAACUCGCAAACUAGAGAGCUAGCCACCUAAACGGUAGCCUUCAAGUUAUUUCCUUUCAACUUAAAUAGCCAAAAACUUACCACUUCCACACGGAUAGGGAGGAUAACUAUUAACAGUUAUUUAACCUUUAACAUGAACAUGAAUCAAACGUAAUCAUUUUUUCUGGGUACAUGAUACCAUACAGCAUCCAUAUCAAACAUUAAACUUUCAUAUCAAGGCGGGGGCCUCAAACUAGUGUCCUGCGGGCCACAUUUGGCCCGGGGGCCGCGUGUUUGAGACCCCUGUUCUAAAUUAAACAUUUUAUUAGAGAAGAAAAUCCAAACCUACAUGGUUUGCGUGGGGAAAAAGUGAUUGCCCCCCCCCCCGUCCGUUAAAAUAUAUCUCAGAUUGCGACUUAUCAGUCCUGAAGAGGUUAUAAAGCGAACCACAGUGAAAACCAUUAUCCACAAAAUGUUGAAAAGAUGGAACCCAAAAUGACCCCAAGAGCACAGCGACAACUCAUCCAAGAGGUCACAAAAGACCCCAUGACAACAUCCAAAGAACUUCCAAAGAACCAAAACCACUUAUAAACAAAAAUGACAUUAAGGCUGGGAUUAAUUUUGCCGGCUCUUAUCGGCCGAUGACCUUUGGGAAAUUACUCUUUUUGGAACGUGUGCGUCCCAUUACGUCUGGCCUAAAAGUAACACCGCAUUUCAGAUAAAGAACAUCAUAGCAACAGUAAAAUAUGGUGGUGGUAGUGUGAUGGUCCGGGGCUGUUUUGCUGCUUCAGGACCUGGAAGACUUGCUGUGAUAAACGGAAACCCAAAUGACCUUAAAAAGCGCUUCAUGCUGGAAAAGCCUCCGUUGUGGCUGAAUGACAACAAUUCUGCAAAGUGAGCCAAAAUUCUUCCACAGUCUUUCAUUUAAAAACUGCAUUUUGUGUUCAGUCGCCGUGUCAUUGACUAAUAUCCAGUUGAUGAUUUGAAACAUUUAAGUGUGAUAAACUUUUAUAUGUUUAAAAAAAAAAAUCAGGUCAGGGUCAAACACUUUUUCACACCAUUUUAUUGUUAAAUUUCCACUGCUCAGAUGCAUAGUCUUUUAUAGUCGAUUAAUAAAAUAUUAAGUAGUAAAGCAACAUUGAAAAAAUAUAUUUUUUCAAUUAACGACAAGUCACCUGGAGGUUUACAUAAAUGUUCUCAUUGAAGUACUUCAUUAAGAAAUUGUAGAUGACUAAUAUUUGCUAGAUUUUUUUCAUACAUCAUUUUUAAUUCAGUCUAAUGUACGUCUCAGUAAUUUUUUAUCGGUCAAGUUAUACAGCAGCCACAUUAUAUUAUCGUUUAUUACACAUUAUUACCACCCCCCCUUCCCCUUUAAAUUUGUUUAUUAUUUGCGGCUGUGGGUUGGACAGUUGACCAAUCAGACAGCAGCAGUGAAUACAUUCCAAAUUCGUAAACAAAUAUUUCACUCUGGGGGAAAGUGUACAUUUUAAAUUACAUUUUUUCAUAUUUGUACUGUUUUGCUGUCCUGUUAAGUUGAAAGGUUGUCGCCUUUUUACUCCAUUUUACUCCAUUACGCCAUUAGAGGGUCUAAUGUUCAAUUUUUCCAAUACAUAUUGUGUUACGUUUGUAUUUGCUGUGGCUACGUCACCUUCCGUUGCCAAACAGGCUAACUAAACCAAUGGAGGGCCAUUUUCUUUUAAUUGGCCCUUGGCACAUUGUGCAAAAAAAAUAAUUCAUUAUAAAUGAGAUAUACACUAACUUGCUUUGCCACCAAAGUGAAGAUGUGAAUGUUUUGUCCAGGUAGCUUAGCAUAUAUUUACCUUCUGUACACUGGAUUGGAUUUGGCCUCAUUAGUAAACAAAUGUAUCAAAGUGGUCUCCCUGAAUGCUUCCGUUUCUCUGUUUGCGUUACCGGGUGGAACAUUUGGACAUUUGGACACCCCUGGUAAUAGGUUUGAAAAACAUGUCCACAUUAUAGAAUUAAAAUGUCUUUUUAGAGUAAAUUUGCUACCUAAUGUUCUCAAGUACUGUUUAUCUCCUCCUAUGUUUCUCAUGUUCGAAAUAGAAGUGUGGGAGUUUUUAUAUUUUAGACAUUUUUGAGCAAAGUAACUAGACUCAGAGUUUAUAUUUUAUACAAAAGGUUUAUUUCAGCACUCAAGUGUUUUCUUUGGCUCCUUCAUCACUGGCUGCUCAUCAAAUAAGGGGGGGAACUCUGAUUAGCCAAUCCCAAUGUUGCAUUACAUCCCCUGAAGUGACUUUGACUGUCUUCUAUUAGAAAGGGAAAUGGGCAAUGGUGAUGAAUGUAUUUUAUGUAUUUUCUAUGGUAUGCUUGUACCCGUCAAUUGCUCGUUUUAGGUUGUUCUCUGGACAGACAGUUUUAACAACAAAGUUGGAGGAAAGAAAGAUUUUUAUUUAUUUUUUUAUUUUUGUGAUCGGCACUUUGGUGUAUUUUUUAAUUUGUAUUUUUUUGUUCUUUCAAGAAAUUAUGUUUCUAUUUGUCUUCUCAGCGCUGACGCCACUGACAUAUGUAACAAGAAUAAUAAAUGUUUCACCUCUAAAUGUUUUUUUGC